CACUUCCGCUGGUAACCAAAAGCAGUCAGACGUGAGGGAUGUCAAAGAAAAUUAAAUGUGGAGAGAAGAGACGAUUCAGAAACAGGAAAGGAACCGUUUGACAAUACUCUAUUUAUAGAACGAAGAUAAUUUAGGAGAUCGUGGUAAGAAUUUAAAUAGACAUUUCGAAAAUAUCACAUUUUUAGCUAAAUCUCCUGUUUUGUGGGUAAAAAACGAAAGAGAUGGGGACAAGAGCUAGUCGUUUACAAGAGGACCCAGUGUCUUCGGCUUUCGUCAAAGAUGGCAUAAAGCGGGAUUCCUAUCGACGACCCCGCUGCAAUAGGCCCGCCAGUCUUAAAAUAGACUUUUCGGGGAGUUUUGACGAUUCGGAGACCAACCGUAGCCGAUCGGAGGAAGGCAGCGAUUCGGACGUAGGGCAACAGGCGAGUGCCGUUGGAAGCCCCGCCGACCACAACAGCCACCCAUCCAUCAGCCAGUCAUCACCAGCGGAAGACAACAGCGAAUGCAAGCGCGAGGAAGACGGUAAUAGCAGUCCCGAGGGUGCUGUCAACGGGGAACAUCUGCCUGGAGAGGAGACAGGCCGCGUGUCUCACCGCACUUUCUCUGAACGUUUACCCGGCAAUCGACACUCUAACUGGCGCAACGUCAGCGCAAGAUCCGCACGAAUGAGAGGCAUCAAUCAACGCCCGGCGUCGGAGGCUUGGAUUGGCCUCUACCGUGUCAACAACCGACAUGGUGACAACCCUUUUUACAUCCGCUGUCCGUUCUGCUCCAAGUCUUUCUCAGGGGGCAAGAUUGAGAAUCACCUGUUGAGCUGCCUCACAUCUCCAUCUCUCCCUUACAACACGGACGUGCUCAGUAAGGACAGCGGUGAGUGUUCCAUCUGUCUGGAGGAGCUGCAGCAAGGAGAGACCAUUGCCCGGCUGGCCUGCCUAUGUGUCUACCACAAGGGCUGUAUAGACUCCUGGUCCAAGGUGAAGCCAUGCUGUCCCGAACACCCUUUUGAUUGACUCAUGGGUCACAUGUCCUGCUCAGGGACACACCUGACUCGGGAGACUGCAAUGUUUCUAAUAAUUGCAGCAAAUAUAUUACGGCAAAGAAAAAUACCAGAGGCAAGCCCCCUAAUUUUACAGACCCAGACACAGCCCCACAAGGAUGUCAAUGAAAAAUACCAGAGGCAAGCCCCCUAAUUUUACAGACCCAGACACAGCCCCACAAGGAUGCGACCGCAGACCACUUUUUUUUCUUUUUCUCUUCGACCUGGUUCAGUCCGUUUGAGCUCAACUCAGACCACUAUAAUUACCGCUGGAAUAGACAGCCACCUCUCCUCUGUGAACAUAGCCCAAACUAUAAACUGCUGCACUCCAGAAAAACGGUAAAUCGAUAUAUUGUCAUACCAGGUUGACAGUCCCGUGAAAGUCCUUUUUAACUCGAGGAGGCGAGGAAAAAUGUGUGUUUCUGUUGUCCCAUGCAUUCCUCUUCCCCUAAUGUGGACUUUUCCAUAUGGGAUAGGUCAUUUUUGUCUUUUACGAUGCAGCAAAACAAUAUUGGGCAGAGAUUCACGUUCCAGUGAAUAAAUGUUUGUCCAUAAAAAAAACAACCCAGCUCUGAAAAUGUUAACUGUUCAUGCUUAAAUAUUGCAAUGCAUUGUUUUUUUUAUAGCCCGAUGUUGGAAAGCAGGGCUUUAUUUUGUGGAUGGGGUUGCUGUAGUAGUAGUGAUUGUAGGUGGUUUUCUAUUGUCGCCAUGAUACAUUUCAGGAGAGGGAUGGUGGGUGUGAGUUGAUUGUGGAGUUAAAAGCGGAUGGUGUUGGUUGGUGCUGAACCCACUGUGUUAGCGCCUUUUACCGCAGCCACAGUAGGUUGUUGGCAUUUCCCAGGCCAUAGUACUGGUGUUAUGCCCAUACUGAGCACUUUUUUACCCCAAGGCUGAACUUUCUUCUUAGAUAAGGUGUGCUUGAUUGAACCACAGUUGCUAAUUUAGUAACAACAGGUGUGUGUGUGGACGAAUGGGGACAGUCAAUGUCCUGGAUGACAGCGCCCGACUCUGGACAGCAGAGGCGAACUGCAGACUUCUCACUGGCUGUGUAAAUGAGAGGUGUGUGUGUUCUUAGUGCCCUUAUACCCUCUGGGUGAGAUUGUUUUAACCCUAGCGUUGUUACAUGUCAUUUCAGCAAGCCAUGACACCCACCAUCUCAGAUUGUUCUGAAAUUGUUUCUGUAGUUAGUAACAGAUAAGAGUUCCUGACACUACUUGUCUGUCACAGAGAACUGAUACUACAGUGCCUUCGGAAAGUAUUCAGACCCCUUGACUUUUUCCACAUUUUUGUUUCGUUACAGCCUUAUUCUAAAAUGGAUUACAUUUUUUUAAAUCUACACACAAUACCCUUUAAUGAAAUAGCGAAAACAGUAUUAUUAUUUUUUUUAAAUUGCGAAAUAAAAUAUGUCAACUGAUAACUUACAUACGUAUUCAGACCCUUUGCUAUAAGACUUGAAAUUGAGCUCAGGUGCAUCCUGUUUCCAUUGAUCAUCAU